AUGGCGAAGCUAAAGAGACCGGGAUCCACGCGCUCGGUUUACAAGGGUCUUCCGUACAUCGUGGAUUUGACCCAAACAGGAAACGUUCUUCAGUUCAUGAAAGUGGACCUCGAGGACGAAGACGAACGUUUUCGGUCGUUCAUGGGCCGCGAGUUUUCGAUGCUGUCCUCGGAGCGAGGAAACGUGAACGGUUCUUCGGUUUUCGCGUCGUGCUCCAUGGCGCUCAGCCUAAUGUGUUUCAGUACGCUUGUUCUGGGUCGCCCGUGCAGCCUCGAAUCGGCCAUUCUGCCUUUUUCCACCCUCGAGAGGCAGGCGCUAGAACAGAGGUUCAAAUGCCCCCCGAACUUUUUCGAUGGGGCCGUUCGGGAGGUUCAGACCAACUGGAAAGACGUGUUCACAUCCAUAGGCAUAGCCCACCGGAACAUCGACUGCACGAUGCUCGAGAAAUUCAGCGGGGAGCGAUACAUAGAGGGGCUGUACGUCGCAGACGCCUACGCCGUGUAUAGGGGUACCAUGUCUGCACCGGGCGACGCCAAGAGCAUCACGGCCCUCGUAAACGCGUACCGGGACCACUCGAAGCACGGCGUCGACUCCAGUGCUAUCGUCGGCAUCAUCGACGUGCUCCGAUGCAAGCCCUCUGACGGCAUCGGCAAGAUCGACGGGGGGGUUCUCGGCACAAUUUUUUACACUUACGGAGAAAAGGACAGCGUCAGGGUGCAAGAGGACUGCAACAACAAGCUGCAGGGGGGAGUGACACUUUUCGACUACUCCGUGAGCGGCAAGCUCGGCGAAGUGAUAACCCACUUCGACAAAGAGAUACCCAGAGCCAGGAAGAAGCACAAGAUGGAGAUGAUUAUCAGGGGGAACAUGGACCCAGCGGGGCUCAUAAAAAAGGUGGAGUCUGGAAGGAUGCUAGACCCAUGCGACGCAAACUCGCUGGAGCUCCUGCACGGCAUGCUCAUGGGGCUGUCGGGGCGGGUUUGGAGACCGCUGAAGCAACUGAUCGGUGAAGCGCUGGGGGCGAGCAUGGAAUACCCCUCCGCGUUUUUGCGCCUGUCGCUCGAAGAAGAGGAAGUGCUCUACAAGCUUAUGGUUAAAUCACGCGUGGGGUACAAGGACAUCGCCAACCUCUACAUACUCCUGGUCCUGAGUAAUUCCUUCCAACGGUCACAAAACCUGCGCGAAUCAACAGUGGACGAGUAUCAAAUUGUACCGGAUGGGACCCACUUCAAGAACAGACGAUUCAAGACGGCCUCUUCCAGUGGCAGUUCAUCUUCGCCGCCAGUCUCACACCUCGUUUUCAAUCCUCACCAAUCGAUGAUCGUCAAGUUCAUUUCGAGAGUGGGGCACGGCUUCUGCAAGGUGCAAGACUUACAAGACGACAAGAGCAGGCUGUUUUUGAACAGCAAAGGGCAAAAUUGGACCCAGAAGGACAUUGGUUCGCGCUUCAAGAGGAUCGGCCUUCACUGGCUGGGGAUAGACAACUUCAGCCCCCACACCUGCCGUUCAUAUUGGUCAACGCAUGCUCUAAACUCCGGGCAAGUGACUCCGGCCAACGUGGAAGACUUUAGCAGCUUCUUGUAG